GGUUGGCACCUGUCCCAUCGUCUCUCCCUUUUAAUUAUUUUCUUAACGACAAAGCAAGUAUGGGCGGAUACCAAAGCCAUUUAUCACGAUACAUUCUAUAUCGCUUGAAGAUAAGUUUUAAGAAAAGCAUCAGUCUCGUCUCUUCUACGGCCUUUCAGAAUCUAAAGAGAUCAUAGAUGGGUCUUCUCUCCAACAGAAUCGAUCGAUCAAGUUUGAAACCUGGGGAUCAUAUCUACUCGUGGAGGACUGCUUACAUCUAUGCCCAUCACGGUAUCUAUGUUGGAGAUGAUAGAGUCGUCCAUUUCACUAGAAGAGGCCAAGAAGUCGGAACCGGGACCGUUCUCGAUCUCAUACUAGUAAGCUCAGGCCCAUCACGAGCCCACACGCACUGUCCAACGUGCGUUCCACCCAACGAAGGCCACGGCGUCGUUUCCUCGUGCCUUAACUGUUUUCUAGCCGGUGGCGUCCUGUACCGCUUCGAGUACUCCGUCAACGCCGCUCACUUCCUCGCCAAAGCCCGUGGAGGAACCUGCACGCUCGCGGUCUCCGACCCUAACGAGAUAACUGUCCACCGAGCCAACCACCUCCUCCGGAACGGGUUUGGAUGCUACGACGUUUUCAAGAACAACUGCGAGGACUUUGCGAUAUAUUGCAAGACCGGGUUGCUUGUUCUCGAAGGAAGAAGGACGAUGGGACAGAGCGGUCAGGCUGUUUCGAUCAUCGGUGGGCCGAUCGCUGCGGUUUUGUCCACUCCGAUGAGGCUUGUGACGACGAAUAUAUAUGGGAUGGCGGCGACUGCGGUUAGUGUGUACUGUGCGAGUAGGUACGCUACUGAUAUUGGUAUGAGAGCUGACGUGGCGAAAGUGGAAGUGGAGGAUCUCACGAGAAGGCUCUCUGUAGGGCUGUUCCAAGUGGUUGAGCCUCCAGUGGCAGCCGUAGCUUUGCCAAACACAAGUUGAUAGAUAAAGCUUAAGAGCUUCAUCUACUUCUUGAAUGUUUCAGUGAUUGUAUCUUGUGUUGUUUCCAGUUACAUUUCGUAUCUAAAACAUUCUAAUAAGCACACUCUGCUUGUAUACUUAAACGUUUCUCUACACUAUAUGAAAAAUUGAUAUUUUUGUGUCA